AUGAAUCCACAAGAAUUCCAGUUAUUUUUCCAAGAAAUGCAAAACCAACGUGCGAAAGACACGGAAGCAAUGCGUGAACUUUUCAAGGAGUGUUUGCAAAUGAAAAUGCAUACUGAAGCAGUUCCGAAAACAGAAAAACCGGAGCAAACAAUGGAGAUUUUAGCUUCGAGUCUCACGGAAUUUGUUUAUGAUCCAGAAAAUAACCUAACAUUUGAAACGUGGUACACGAGGUAUGAAGAUUUGUUCUUAGUAGAUGGUAGCAAACUUGAUGACGCAGCGAAGGUCAGGCUUCUAUUAAGAAAACUCAGUACAACUGUGCAUAAUAAAUAUAUGGACUUUAUUUUGCCUAACCAUCCACGUGAAUAUAAUUUCACUACAACAGUGGAGAAAUUAAAACAACUGUUUGGACCUAAAAAGUCACAAAUCAGCUUACGCUAUAGCUGUUUACAGUUAACCAAACCACCAGAUACCGACUAUACUACGUACGCAGCCGAGGUUAAUAAACACUGUGAAAAUUUUAAAUUGAAUAGCCUGUCACAGGACCAGUUCAAAUGUUUAAUGUUCGUAUUGGGGCUGAAAUCGGAAGCAGACUUCGAAAUAAGAACCUGA